AUGUCCGACACCAUGUCCAACACAACCGCAACCCCCGAUUCCCUCAUCAACCGCGAUGCCUCGAUAAAAUACUGGAACAACAUGCCCGCAACCGCAGGCGGCAUGCUCGCCAUGCUCGGCUCAUAUCCCUGGUAUACCCGCAUUGACCUCCGCGGCUCUAAAGCCUUCCUCGCUAAAGCCCGUCGCUUGGUACCCGGCUGCUCAACAGAGGGCAAGAUGAAGCAAGCUGUUGACUGCGGUGCGGGAGUCGGGCGCGUGACGGAGGGGUUUCUCAGCCAUGUGUGCGAGGGGGUUGAUGCGGUGGAGCCGGUGGGCAAGUUCACAGACGUCAUACACGAGAGCCAAUUAAAGAAGGAUGGUGUUGUGGGUGAUAUAUACACAAUGGGUAUUGAGGAUUGGUAUCCGGAGAAGAAAUAUGAUUUAAUCUGGACGCAGUGGUGUGUGGGACAUUUGACUGAUGUGCAGUUGGUUGAUUAUAUCGUGCGGUGUCGGGAGGCAUUAAAUGAGACGGGAAUUCUGGUGUUGAAGGAGAACUUGUCGACGGAUCUGGAUGGGGUGGAUAUGUACGAUGAUGAGGAUAGCAGCGUGACGAGGACGGAUGAGAAGUUUAGGAAGAUUUUCAAGGAGACUGGGAUGAAUGUCAUCUUGUCCGAGAUUCAAGGUGGCAUUCCGAAGACGAUGAAACUGCUGCCGGUUAGGAUGUAUGCUUUGCGGCCGAUGAAUUGA